AUGACUUGUGAUGUAUCUGCUGAACCGCGCUCCUUCAGCUUCAGCAGCUCUUGGCAAAGACUGCACGCCCAUGGGAUCCCGAGUGUCUCAUACAUCGGACCAGCAGACAAUGGAAGCAGGACCGCAAAAAUGCUACGACUGAACGCCGACGAUGCCAAAGCCGAUGCCGCAAAAAGGUCGUAUGCGUCUGCAAGAUAA